GGCUCUCCCAACCGGCUUGACAAGCCGACAAAUCUCCCUUUAUUUGUUCGCACUUAUUGCGGCUUUUGCGCGAAACCACAAAAUGAGUUUGCUAAUGUUGUGACAUUUAUUUUGGCGCCGUGGGCUUAUAAGAGAUGCCCCACAGGACGAGCACAGGCUGCCAAAUAAUUAUCAGAUUCAGGUGGUGCUGGUGUAGGACGAGAGAGACGGAAAGAAGGAAGGUGGAAAUGGAACUGCCAAAUCAUGCCAAACAACUGCUGCUGCAACUCAACCAGCAGAGAGCCAAGGGCUUCCUGUGUGAUGUUAUCAUCGUGGUGGAGAAUGCGCUAUUCCGUGCCCACAAGAACAUUCUAGCAGCAAGCAGCAUUUACUUCAAAUCUUUGGUCCUCCACGAUAACCUCAUUAACCUUGAUACAGAGAUGGUUAACCCCUCUGUAUUCAGACAAGUUCUGGACUUCAUCUACACUGGGAAGCUCCUGUCCUCAUCGGACCAGAGCAGUGAGCAGAACUUCAGUGCCCUCUUAACUGCAGCCAGCUACCUCCAGCUCCAUGACCUCGCUGCUCUGUGCAGAAAGAAGCUCAAGCGCAGUGGGGGUAAACCCCUGCCGGGUAAACCCUCCACUACAGGUCCCAUUAGCCGCUUGCGCCUCAACAACCAGCAACUCUCCUCUUCUACCCCUGUCGGCGCCAACAACCACUAUCCUCCAACCCCUUCUGAUGCCGACCAGCCACAGCCAGAUGAAGGCCUUCGGGACAAACUCUCUGACGACGAGAUGUUUAUUGGCAGCUCUGGGAAGAAUGGAAAUGGGGCUAAUGGCAACAGUAAUGGUAACAUCAGUAGCGGAGGUAGUGCUGGGGAGCCAGACCUUGGAUUAGACCUCUCCAAGAAGAGCCCUCCUUCUGCCGGCACAGCCACCGAUGCGCUCAGCCCACACAGCAACUCCCAAGGAUCCCCCCAGUCUGCCUCAGUAUCCACAACCAACAGUGCCUCACUGGAUGAUUCCUCUGUUACCCUUCCAGGGGUAGAUACCUGUGGCUCAGAGACCAUGGAGCUUAACUGUCUGUCUAAAAGCUCAGAGGAACCCCAAAACCAGCCUGAUGGCCCACCACCCCAGAAGAAGUCCCGACAGGGUAAUCGCAAGAAUGAAUGGCCUAAAAGAGAGGCAUCAGGAUUGAAGUCUGAAGAGCAUGACAAGCCCUUGGUUAACGGGGUAAUUGUGGGUCCUAAAGACGGCCGCUCCUCUGGGGUUGGAGGGGGCAGUGGUAGCAGCUUAGCCUCUGACCAGUCCUUCCAGUGUAAAGAUGAGGAGGAAGGAGGAGAGAAUGGCCAGGACCACAGUGAUGAGAGCGGUCAAAGUGAUGGAGAUAGUGCAGGUGGAGGAACAGGAGGGGGACACCACAGCGCCAACUACGUGUACAGGCAGGAAGGCUUUGAGCCAGCAUUUGGAGACAACCUCUAUGUGUGCAUUCCCUGUGGUAAGGGCUUCCCCAGCUCUGAGCAGCUCAAUGCUCACGUGGAAACGCACACUGAGGAUGAGCUCUACAUCAAAGAGGAGGGUGGGACCUUUGUGAAAGAGGAAGAUGAAGAAGAGGCAGAGGACCUCUCUGCCCCAGUAGGUCCUUCCAGCUUUGGCUCAGAAACACGUCCAUUUAAGUGUACAGUCUGCAGUAAGAGCUACAAAGACCCAGCAACGCUGAGACAACAUGAAAAGAGCCACUGGCUGACCAGGCCCUUCCCCUGUAACAUCUGUGGCAAAAUGUUCACCCAGAGGGGCACCAUGACACGCCACAUGCGCAGCCACCUUGGCCUCAAACCGUUUGCAUGUGAAGAGUGUGGCAUGCGCUUCACGCGUCAGUACCGUCUGACAGAGCACAUGCGUGUCCACUCUGGGGAGAAGCCGUAUGAAUGCCAACUAUGCGGGGGGAAGUUUACCCAGCAGCGCAACCUCAUCAGUCACCUGAGAAUGCACACCUCACCCUCUUAGAAAUGCAUCAAGCCAAAGAACUCUGGGAUUAAAAAAAAGAAACAUUUCUUUACCUUUUUUUCCAUCUCAAAAGCAAAGAAACGCACAUGUACACGUUCACAUGCAGACACACCUAUGUCUACAUAUUAAUUCCAGUUUAAGAUGCCCAGGCUAAGUGAAUGAUGUAGCUGUUAGCCACAGUGGGCUCUUGGUGAUGGUGGGAUCUUGUUGAUGCAAGGGUCAUGUCAUCGUUUAUAUCAAGUGACGUCUGCUCACCUCUCAGGAGUUCUAGAGGGACAGUUGACUCCUGUCUCUCUCCAAAGUCACGAAGCCAUGGUGGAGUGGCACGACUUUUGGUCUGCAUUGUUACAAUUGCAAGUCUGUCAAAUGUGAAUGUGGGUAUUGAUAAUGUCAAGGCCCCUCAACUCAUACCCCUCAACAACCUUCCUCUUGUCUACCUUUGGCCAUUGAGUCUUUGAGUUUGUCACAUUGUUCCUCAAACAGAUUAACUCCAGAGUCCCCUCUGUACUCCAAUGCUAUUUUGACCAAAAACACAUGCAAACCAUACUGGCAAUAAUUCUGCAAAAAUAUUAUUUUUACCCUGACAGCUUUAUGUCCUUUUAUGUUGGUGAUGGGGAUCUGUAUGUGAGAGGAGGGGUAACUGGGUUUGGGACCAUCUCCCUGCUUUAACUGAAAGUCCUGACAAAAGCUUCAUGGUGGGAUUACAUUGGAUUAAGUUUAGGUUUUUACAUGAACAAUUUUCAAAGCCCUCUCUACAGCUGUUUACAGUAGUAUUGAGAGGAUUUUCAUUGUUUUUGCUUUUGCCUGCUAGUGCACCCAGGAAUGAGUCCUGAUUGGAAAGAUGAACCCCUUGAGGUACUUGUUUUACUUAAAGAACUUGUAGUAUUUCAGUGAAUGUUUAAACUGGAAGGUUUGGGGAUUUUUCUUGUAGAGGGGAGGGAUUUUGGGUUGGGAUGGGGGAGUAGUUUAAUGAGGGUAAGAAGAGGGUGUUUUAGAUUGAACAUUAAGUUCAGUGGGUACAUUUAUUUUUUGUCUGUAUAGCUUUCCCCCUCAGAAAAAAAAGAAAAGUCUAUUUAUAUAGGCUUGUGACCUCGCUACCUCUGAUUACUCUUACGAACUCUGUUGAUUAGUUGAAAGUUCCUAUGUAAUUAAUUGUAAAAAGUGUGUAGAUUAUGGUAACUUUUCACCUAAUGCUUUAACCUGCCCAUCUCUCAACACAGGUUUUUAAUGCUCAUAGAUUUUAAACAUUAAUAUUGUUUUUAGCUGUUGUUUUUACUUGUCAGAUAUAGCUUUUUGGGUGCUCGGCGCAGUGUGGCCCCACCUCACAAUGUACUGUAGCUUCCUGCCUGGAGCAAAUAGCCGUUAGUUAGUUUAGUGGUUAGUUGGUUAGUUAGUUAGUUUAGAUGUAUAGUGUUCCAAAGAUCUUAUGAAUGUUGAGGAGAACAGAGCUAACUAACAAACGUUGCUAGACAAGUUCAUAACCAAAGUUUUUAAAAAGAUGUACUUAAGAUAUAUAGCAUACUAAAUUAUUUCACUUUUGAUUUCUUUUUGCUGUAUAAAACAGAUUAUGAAUUAUAUUCUAAGUCCAGACAAAGAAAUCCGCUCCUUUGAUGGAGUUUUGGCCAAUGACUCUGAGGCUGAGGAAGGUUCUCAUGGUGUGCAAGGAAAGCUUGUGCUGAUUGGUGGGCUGGUAAAUUGUCGACUUUACCGCCUAACAAAACCGGUAAAGUUUAAAAGCAUGUUCCCUGAACAUGUUUAUUUUCUUUUUGUUUGUAUCCAGAGUCCUUAUCACUUUAUAUUCCCUGAUUUUACUGACAGGACUUUGACAUUGUUUGUGUUCUAUUCAGACCAAAAAAAAA